GCCUUAAGGGGUGCGAUGUCUGAAGUACCCAAGCAUGUGGAAGCUGGGAGCGCUGAGGACAUUGGCUUUGAGGAGGAGGAUGGGACUCCGACCGGUGAGCAAAGUGUAGCUAGCAGUGAGGGAGGACUGGCGCCUUGAGUGUGGGGUGGGGGAUGCUUGAGGUCCCCCCUUCCUCCCACCAGCAGCUCUGCGCGGUCAGAAAGGAGUCAUCAGAAAGAGCGGCCCCGAUCUGACCUGGCCUGUGCUUAGAUGGGAGACUUACAAGGUCUCUCCACCAUGCAAGAAGAGGAGGAUGAAUCUGAAGCAACCUCGGUAUCUUCUGGAGACAGCAGCCCCCUAACCCCAGCUGCCAAUGGCUAUCCAGUGGGCCCUCGAAGCAAAGAGCCACAGACAACUGCCCGGGAGCUGUUAGAGGACGUUGGAGAGGCUGGGCAGGAUCGCUUGAGCUCUUCGCAGGCCCCCAGCCCUGAGUGGCACGAAUGCCCCGAAUGCGGACGUGGCUUUGGCACUUCACGGGCUCUGAAGGUGCAUCGCAGCUACCACGUGGGGCGCAAGCGGCCACACAGCGGUUCCUCUUCCUCCAAGCCGCCACCGCCUCUGAUCUUGCCCGGUAACUCCGAGAGCCAGGAAGGGCGGAUAGCCCCAACCUCUGGCCGGGGCAGAGCUUUCCACUACAUAUGCGCCGAGUGCGGCCUGGGCUUUGCCUCUCCUGCCACGCUGGAGGGUCAUCGCUGUGAACAUGGCUGGCGCCGGAGCCCCCCGGCCCCUCCCCGAAACAAGCCUUCGCCCUCCCCUGCCCCCAGGGAGGCCAAUGGGGAGCAGGACGCAGAUGGGGCCGAUGGACCGUACCAUUGCACCGAGUGCCCUGGGGAGUUUGGCUUGGUGUCGGAACUUCACGAGCACUACAUGCUCCAUGCUCGCGGAGAGCUGUAGAUCAUUCUCUGCCCCUUUCCUGCCCUUUCUCCUCCCCAAUGUAAUAAGUGGCACCUGCCAAGGGAUCUGUCUGGCCAGGACUCUGAGAAGUGAAACCUCCUUUCUUUCUUUUUUUUAGUUCCUUGUUUUAGUUCCUUUCUAUAUUUCUAAAAUGAAUUUAGCGUGGAGGUGGGGAGGCACAACUGCUCAGACCCAUCCCUUUGGCAUGCCCUGUCUCCCCAGAGUGGGUGCAGUAUCUGUGGAAGCCCCCCUGCCCGCAUGCAGAGUGUGGGGAGAGGUGCUGCCUUCCCCCUGCACUUAAGAGGAAGAAGCUCUGGAUCUAGCACCUGCAGGUCCUUAGCAGUCAUAUCCCAAAGGGAGCCCAUGUAAAGAGGCUUUUGCAAUGGAAGCACUAGCAGUAUUGGGUUUGUAGCUUGUUUUCACUGAUUGAACCAGGGGAGACUUAUUCCAGGCCUGUCCUGAGGUUGGGGGAGGAGGUAGGGAUGGAUUGAAACCACUUGUCCUGUGUGCAGGGUCCUGCAUCCCAGUGCCCAUCCUCUUCCCAUUAGACAUUUCUCUCCCUAAUGGGAUGCCCGUUGUUGUUGUCAUCCUGUUUGGCACCUGGGGCUGUCCAUGCUGAACCGAAGCUGUAUUCUGUUUGUCUCUGUGUGUGUGUGUGCGCGUGCGUGUGUGUGUGUUUGGCUUUUAAGAGAGCGGCUUCUAGAGAUGGCCUUCAAUCAGCACAAAUCAUGAAUAUUAACAAUCUCUCUUCACAUUAGCUGGGAGAUCUGGUUUAAUAAAAGUGAUUCUGUAUGUGUGA